UUGUAUAUUAAAAAAUUAUAGAAAUUAUAUAUUAAUAAUCUAUAUGUUAAGACAAAUCAAACAAGAUCACACAUGACUAUAUUUAGGCUUACACAUUGAGAGAAUUUGAUGAGUCAAAAUGCUUAGAUGAACAGUUCCAAAAGUCAAAAGUGGACGAAUAUAGCGGGACGGAGUGGUUGUUCGGUCCAUCGAAUGUGCAUCCCUGUACAACCAGAUACCCCAAUCUUCCACCCUUUCUCUUUCCUUCUUCUUCAACUCGUACAAUUCGUAUUUUUUUUCUCGGUGGUCUUCAGAGAGUACAUAGAUCAGCCUUGGGACCUUCCGGUUUCUGUCAAAAUCUUGAUAUUUAAGGAAUCUGGUUCUUUUUCUGGUUUGAGAAAAGAUGGAUAAAGAUUGCUUCUUUGAUAGCCGCGACGAGAUCAGUUCUGUUUCUGGCUCGGAAUGCUCGGAGCCAUGUUUGAGUAGCAGCGCCAGGAAUGAUACUGGCGCUUCUGAUUACGAAAUCUGGACAAAGAAUCUUGAAAGCGUGGAUGUUCGCCGGAGCAGGCUUCUGAACUGGAUGGGAUUGAGUUCUGAUUCGGGUGUGGCGGACCGAGAUGAAUCAAAUUGUGAUUUUGAAAUAACUGUGGAUGAUAGAGUCAGUGAUAAUUGUGACACCGUGCUGGCAAACACUGAAUCUGCAGAUGAUUUCUUCUGUGGACGCGAUGAAGAUUUGGAAUGCGUUCGAGAUGAUGACCAAGGGUUUCGUAGGGCUGCUGGGUCUUCUUUGUCUUCUUCAUCUUCAUUGGUUCAGAAAUUGUUGCGCAGAGAUUCGUCGGGAGGAUCUGAUAAUGCUGCCACCACAAAGAAGAAGUUGAAAACAAGUUGGCUUCAGAAAUUGAUUGAAGAGAAGAGCCGGAAGAUGAUAAAGAGCGGUCGUUCCAAGUCUGGGUGUGGAUUGGAAAAGGUCCGAGUUCAUACCCACAAGAAGGACUCAAAGGAGUUGUCCUCACUCCACACAGGCCAAGAAUUUCAUGCCCAUAAAGGCUCAAUCCUCACAAUGAAGUUCAGCCCUGAUGGGGAGCACCUAGCAAGUGCUGGAACCGAUGGAGUUGUGCGCGUUUGGAAGGUGGUUGCAUCUGAAGCUCCCAAGAAUCUGAGCCACCAAGAUGUUGAUCCUUCCUCUUUGUACUUCUCCAUGAGUGAUUUGUCUAAAUUAACCUCACUUGAUCUUGACAAAGAGAAGAAGAUUGGCCAGGCGAAAAGAUUCAAGAAAUCAUCCGAGUCUGCCUGUGUCAUCCUCCCACCCAAAGUAUUCAGGAUUCUGGAGCAACCCGUCCAUGAAUUUUGUGGGCAUCUUGAUGAGGUCUUGGCCCUUUCUUGGUCAAGAAACGGGUUUUUGCUGUCGUCCUCAGCUGAUAAAACCGCUCGGCUGUGGCAAAUUGGACACGAUCAAUGUCUCGGAGUUUUUCCACAUAACAAUUAUGUGACUUGUGUUGAAUUCAAUCCUCUGGACGACAACUAUUUCAUCAGCGGUUCUUUGGAUGGAAAAGUGCGCCUUUGGGAGAUAAAGCGUGCCCGAGUCAUUGAUUGGAUCGAUGUUAAGGAAAUAGUCACUGCCUUGUGCUACCGCCCGGAUGGAACGGGCGGGGUUGUGGGGUCCAUUGAUGGGAGCUGCAUUUUCUACGACGUAGAAGACAACCGUCUGCAAAUAACAUCUCAAGUGAGCCUGCAAGGGAAGAAGAAGCCAAACGGAAAGAGAGUAACCGGGUUCCAGUUUUGCCCGAACGAUUCGACCAAAGUCAUGGUCACUUCUGCGGAUUCCCAAGUCAAGAUUCUUCAUGGUGCCAAUGUCAUCUGCAAGUUCAAAGGGAGCAGGAACUGUGGCAGCCAGGUCCCUGCAACUUUCACGCCGGAUGGAAAGCACGUCGUAUCGGUUUCGGACGACUCAAACGUCCACAUCUGGAACUACAACGGGCAGGACGCGACCAAAAAAAACAUCUGGUCAUCCGAGAGCUUCUACUCGGAUGAGGCAUCGAUUGCGAUUCCCUGGUGCGGGUUCGAGACCAACUCGCCCGUUCUGCCAGGUGGAAGACCGUUGUCGAACGGGGAGGCUGACGGGAGCGUCCUGCAAAGGCAGGGCCCAACUUCCCCGGACUGUUUCUCUCUGGGCCGUGGGUUUUUCUUGGACCCUUUGAACAGAGGGUCUGCCACAUGGCCCGAGGAGACGCUGCCCGAGGAGUCCAGCCCGGUAACCGUUACGCCCGCGAUAUCUAAGCCGGACUACAAAAUUUUGAAGAGUGCUUGGCAGAGCACAUUCAAUUCCCCCAACUUGUGGGGGCAUGUGGUUGUGACUGCUGGGUUGGAUGGGUGCAUCAGAACAUUUCUGAACUAUGGUUUACCUGUUUGCUUCUGAGAAGAGUGUUAUUCUUUUUUUUUACCAAUGUAUAUUGUUGCUGUACAGGCCAGGUUGAUAGCAUUGGGGUAUUCAUCAUAUGAAGAUUGGAGGAGGUCUUUAGGUUAUUAUAGAUAGAUUGGAGAGUGUAUUAUUCAUUUUGUAUGUAGACAGGAACAGAAUUUAGCAAAUUUCUCAUUGUUAUGUAACUACAUUAAUUUAAUUGGAAGGGGUUUCUAACCUGUGUUUUGUACCUC